AUGGGCAGCAGCAAUAUUCCUUCUGUUGCGUCGCUUGACCGGCCCGAGAAGUACCAGGACCUGCUCAAGGAAGACCGCGGCGAAGACUGUCUGCCGUGUCGUGUCGUUGGCGGCGGUGCCUUCCUCGGCCUUGCGGCGUACAGCUACAUCUCGGGCACAUCCCAGCUCCAGCAACAGCGCCAAGCCAUCUUGAAGAGCGGCUCGUUUUUUGGCAUGCGCAGUCGCCAGGCAGGCAUAGCCGGUAUCUCGCUGGGCCUGGCCUGGGCCGGUCUGUGGCGUCUGUUCAAGUGA